ACGACGAUCGCAUUAUUAUCCGUUCUUGAGCUACCGACGCGACGGGGAGGUUGUACGGGGGGUUUUCUUUUUCUUUUUUGUUUUCGUUCCAGUGCGUCGUUGUGUAUAGUGACCCUAUCAAGUUUCGCGUAUAGUAAAAUGGAAUAUUCGGUGAUUACUGUGUUAACAGCUCUCGCACUUGGCUUCAUUGCUGGGACGAGUUUAACAUGGACCUCACCGGAAAGGACACACCUGAACGAAACGGUAUUCGACGACAAUCUCCAGGAUAACGACUGGUCCUGGAUAGGAGGACUUCUGUCGCUAGGGGCGGCCGUCGGUCCUUUCAUCUUCAGUUACUUGGCCGACAAGAUCGGGAGAAAGUACACCCUUUUGGCCGUGUCGGUACCGUUUGCCGUCAGUUCUGUCAUUUGUGCAUUUGCGAAUACGAUUCCAGAGUUCAUGGUGGCGAGACUGAUAACCGGUUUCGGAGUAGGCGGCACCUUCACCAUCCUGCCCAUGUACGUCGGCGAAAUGUCCCUGGACGAGCAUCGAGGCGCCUUAGGUUCCGGAAUGAACGCCUUCAUCUGCGCCGGCUUGAUCUUCACCUACGUGGUCGGUUACUUCGUCAGCAACGUCAUGGUGUUCAAUUUACUGUUGGCCGGGAUAACCGCGAUGUUUUUCCUGCUCUUCUUCCUGAUCGGCACCGAAACGCCGCACUAUCACGUGCAAAAGAACCAACACGAUUUGGCCAAGGAGGCCUUAUUGAAAAUCCGGAACGCACCCAGCGACGAAACCGAGAAGGAGCUCGAAAUGAUCCGGAAGGAGAUUGAAAAAGAGGAACGCGGCAGUUUAUUGGAUAUAUUCAGGACCAAAGGGAAUAUUAAGGCGUUUAUUAUUGGGGCCGGGUUGGUGUUCUUUCAGCAGGCCUCCGGGAUAAACGCGGUCCUGUUUUUCGCCCAAACGAUCUUCGAGGAUGCCGGUACCACCUUGGAGGCCGGUUAUUGUUCCAUGAUUAUCGGAGCGGUACAGUUUGGGACCAGUUUUAUAACCCCGUUGGUCUCGAACCUGUUUGGCCGUAAGUUCCUGCUAAUAUUCUCCUCUAUAGGCAUGUGCCUUAGCGAGAGCAUCUUGGGGGUGUACGACAUCAUCAAAAGCAACCAUCCGGACUCUGUUAGCAGCAGUUUGUCCUUUUUGCCGAUUUUAUCGCUGGUGCUUUAUAUAAUAACGUAUAACGUGGGUAUUGGACCGCUCCCUUGGGCGAUAAUCGCUGAAAUUUUCCCGACUAACAUUAAAGCUCCCGCAGGAGCUUUGGCUGCUUCCGUAUGCUGGUUCACCAGUUUUUUGAUAACGAACUGGUUCACCCAAAUCGUGCACAAGUUGGGACAGGGGCAGUGUUUCUUAGGUUUCGCCGGGUUCUCGUUGCUCAUGGGGGUGUUUACUGUGUUUUACGUGUUAGAAACUAAAGGGAAAUCGUUGGCACAGAUUCAGGCCGAUCUGAACCGAUGAUCUGAAUUGGGACAUUUAAAUAAUGAAAUGUAGAUAAUUUAUUUAUUUAAAAUAAAGGUUUUGUUUGUUAUAAUAAA